AUGUUUUCCUUGAUUAAAUAGAUUGUAGCUCCUGUCAAAUUAGGAAAUCUCAUCCAAAGAAAUUUUUCUAUUGCUAAACAAGAAUAGCUUUUCUAAAAUUUUAAUUAGAAGGAUAUUCUCAACCCUCAUUUAGUCAAUAGCGUUUUAGAAAGAAAUAUUCAAAAGCGUACAGAAAGAUCUUAAAAAGGUCUAUUCCAUGGCAAAUAGCCAAAAACUGGUUUGCAAACAUGCUUUUCUGAAAAAAAAUCUAUAAGAUGGUGGAAGGUUAAUGUUCAUGAAAAAUAUUUAUGGAGCGAUAUCUUACAAAAAAAAAUUAGAAUAUAAAUGAGUUCUAAGACUCUCAGAACUAUCGAUAAGUACGGUGGAUUCGAUAACUAUGUUCUCCUUACCAAACCCAAGAACAUGGAUUCUUUAUAUGGUGAAUAUCUUAGAAAAUUAAUGAUGUUUAAACUUAAAGAUCCUUCUUUUAAAAUUCCUUACAUUCAAAAAAGUACUCCUGUUAAGCACGAAGUCUAGAGAAGAAGAAAAGUUUUCUUAAAGAGACCCAUUGUUUGGUAUCCUAAGGAAAUUAGAAAUACUGAUUUGACAUAAUUAAGAAUGAAAUUACCUCAUAAUAUGUCUAGAAAGGAAUUAGAAGAUUUCAAAGUUAUGGAAGACUUAAAUGAACAUCCUGAAAGAAUUACAAUGGAUCAUCCUAUUGUCAAAAGAGAAUACGAAAAGUAAAUGCAAGAAUUAAAAGCUUUAGAACCUGAACGUUAGAAAAUUAUGGAACGUUUAGAAAGAUACAGAUCCAAGAAAACUCUUGAAAAGAUUAAAGAAGUUUGCAAAUAAGGUUUAGAUGAAUGGGAAAAUGUCUAAAAUGUUAAAUGA